UUUCAAAAUCUCGAGCAGCAGCAAGUGAACGUUGACGACCGGCCAACGAAUUUUACUAACCCAACACACAGCCAAAGCGCUCAACAUGUCGUCGACGGCAGCUGCUACGACAAAGACCUUUGGCAAGUCGACUCGGACGGUCCCUCACCCGUCCGAGAAGGCUCAGAAAUGGUACCCUGUUGAGGACGAGGCCAAGCCUCGCCAGGUCCGCAAGGCCGUCCGUCCCUGGGUCCCUCGCAAGUCCCUCCAGCCCGGUACCGUUUUGAUCCUGCUCGCUGGUCGGUUCCGCGGCAAGCGCGUCGUUCUCCUCAAGGUCCUCGACCAGGGUGUCCUGCUCGUUACUGGCCCUUUCAAGAUCAACGGUGUUCCCCUCCGCCGCGUCAACUCCAGAUAUGUGAUCGCCACAUCCCUGAAGGUCGACCUGACCGGCAUCGACGAGGCCAAGCUCGAGGAGAUCUCGCGGCCCAAGUACUUCACAGCGGAAAAGGCGAAGGAGAAGGCCAGCGAGGAGGCCUUUUUCAAGCAGGGGGAGAAGCCCCAGAAGAAGGAGGUGUCGAGCAGCCGGGCGGCGGAUCAGAAGGCCAUCGACAAGGCCCUCAUUGCCAACAUCAAGAAGGUGGACAUGCUCGCGAGCUACCUUGCCGCCUCGUUCAGCCUCCGCAAGGGCGACAAGCCCCACCUGAUGAAGUGGUAGAGCGGUGCUGGGAGCGGGCGCGACGCGAUGGGAGGGUCGAUGGCGCGGGUUACGGUUAUGGCUUGGCCAAUUGCAUUUGGACGUUUGACGGUUCUCGGUCCAUUACGGCGUCUGUAAUGAGGGUUUACAGUCAUCGAGAUCCCAGAAUCACCGGGCUUUACAGAGGAUCGGAGCCAUGGGCAACAAUUCGGGUUUUAGAGCAGAUGGAUUGCCCCUGGUGAUGCGUACACGGGACAACUGUGAAAACGCACGCAGGAUGGGGCACAACCAGGCACUGCCAAUGCACCCGAGUUCCAGUGCCAAACAAGGCCAUUGAGAGCAAGACAAGCGAUAUGAGCUCACACGCUCUCUGUGAAUAUGUCUUUCCAUGGCCAAUGUUGAUGAUGAUGAGUGCAAGGCUCGCUGGCAAUCCAAGGAAUUGGUG